CAGCUGUCGUUGGUCGUUGUUACCAAUUGUCACCAAGAAAAUAUAACCUUAAGCGGUAAAAACAAGUAAUUUUCCCUUUAAUUACAGGAAAAUCAAGUUUUACAAACAAUACGUUCAGUGCAAGACAUGGCUGAAGAUGACGGUGAUAUCGAAUUCCUAGAUGAGGAUGCAGAAAUAGUUCAACAAUGUGUUCAUACUGUUGAAGACCCACCGCCUCUCAAAGCUCCAAUUCCAUUUCUUGUAGAACGAAGUCCCGUUGAUAAACCAAGAAAAAAGCGGAAAAUGGAGGAAGAUUCUGAUUACGAACCCUCAAAAGACAUUCCAUCGAAAUACAAGAAGCGUAAAACCCCUAAACUACCUCGUACAAUGAAAUCUCAAAAGUACGAGCAUUUCGCACAAUCUACUCCGCUUAAAUAUAAAGUUAAAGAAUAUGGACCUAGAAAGGUUAGAAAAUCACAAAUAAAGACUGAAGAAAUACCUAGAAGCCAGUUAGACAUUCGUAUUCCUGAUUACGACGAUCCACUGUGUAUGCCAGUGCGUGCAGUAAAAAAGGACGACGGUGAUACGACAAAGUUGAAAAUAUGGAACAAUUUAUGUUUAGAACACUUUAAGAAGAGCGACAAUUCGCUAAGAGCUGAUAACGGAGAGACGGUGUCAUCCAAACGAACUAUAGUGCUAAAGAAUAUGUUCAAUAAGUUUACAGGUAGACAAGAAACUAGUAUGUGGACUAAAACAAUGGCAACAAGCAAUAAAGGAGUUGUCAAAUCAGAUAUAGUACAAUCAGUGCUACCGAAAUACAGGGAGAAGAAAAUACUUAAUUAUAACUUAAUUGAGACAAAAAGAAAAAAAUCAUUCCAUCAUGUGGACGAAGUUAUACUAACUAAAGAAGAACAGAAGGAUGGAGAACAGUUGGUGGUUUACAAACCAAGGGAAACAAUCUCGUUGGUUUAUAAAAUGUUUGAGAAGCCUGAGAAGUCCGAGGGUGGGAAGGAGGAGGAGGAACAGAAGAAAUACCUGAAGGAGGUGGCGAGCUGCAGAGUGUGUGCACCUUGCUACCAGGUGUCGUGGCGAGGCCCGCAGAAUGAGAACAAGAAUGUAAGAUGUCAGAUCUGUUCGUCCGUGUGCGGCAGCGUGCAGGCCUUGCUGGCCCAUCUGAAGACUCACUCCGCACUUGACAGACACAAGUACAGGAGACUCGUCUCCAAAGCACUUGCCAAGGUUAGUGAUCGCACUGCAAUACUCUUAAUGUCUUAUUAAUAUUAUAAACUAGUU